CUUUUCAUUUCUGUACAGAAAAAACCAGGCUUAACUUUGUGAAAAUCGCAACAUCAUCAUUUUCGUGACGACAUAAUCCUUUAAGCACCCCAUUCUUAAAUCCAGAAUUCCAAGCAAAGGUUAAUAGUUAGCAGCGUGUUCGAUCAGGAAAUCAAUACAGUAAACUAACCUUGCAUAGCUAACUACGGCAGAUCGGUUUUCAUCCCUGCUUUCGUUUCAAAUUAAGAAGGUUCUGGGAUGAAAUUUAGCUUCAUUGUGGACUUGAAAGAGGACAAUUUAAUCAUUUAUACCGGUGGGUCAACAAUUCUGUGUCGUAGAUGUUGAGGUAGGCAGCAAUCUGAUACUAGUGUAGACGUAACACACUCAAGGCUAAACGUAUUGCAGUCUUGCAAUUUUACGGCUCCGAAUAUCUAUGAACAAUUUUUAAGAAACAUGUUGACAUGAUAAUUUUUUUUAUCAGUCAGUCAUCGCUGUGAGACUUGUUAACUUUGUACGGGCGAUCUCAUUCAGAGUUGAAUUAAUGCAGUUGAAUGUAAUAGUGACAUUACUCAGCUGUUACUUGGAAAAGCCAUUAUGAAGAACGUUAAACAAACAAAUAGAAGAGGAAAGGAGAGAGGAAAAAGUAAUCCCAAAAAAAAAGGGAAAGGAUCAAGAGCCGGAUUAAAGACGAAAUAGAGGCAAAGAACAAAAUGAGUGAAAUAGGUGUAGAAUACCAAAUAUGGAACUGGAAACAGGAUGAGAUAAGUAAGAUGAACUAGAGCUAAGGAUAAAUAUAUAAUGAACGAUGUGCCAUUUAAAAUCAGUAAUAUAAACAAAGAAUCUUAGCUGAGUUGGGAACUUUCUUCCUAAGCUGAGUUUUAGUUUACAAAACUCUCGGAAAUUUCAGGCAUUUGUAAGGGGAAACUUUUCGCAAUUUAAAACAGCCAGCGUGAGAAAAAGGAGAUGCUUUUGAUAUUUCAGCUGUUAUCGUACCGCAAAGUCAUUUCUCAACGCGUAAAGACUGUCGGCAUCACGGAUGUUGAGGCCGAAAGAGAUUUAAUUUCAGAUCAAGCGCCAAUUCUUAACACACCUUCCAGUAAUCCCACUAGAGCACCUGUUCCGGGCAUCGCUCUUUAGGCGUUGGAUGAAGGAUAGGGUCACAAAGAUAUCGUGCAUUCUGCCAGGGUUAUCGAGCCAUGCUCAAGGAAAAUCUCGUAAGGCUGAUCGUAGAAUAAGCAAGGCAUUUUGGACAACAGUUUUCUAGCUUACCCUUUCUUCAGUUUUUUUUAAAAUAUUAUAUUGAGGAAGUUUUACAAGAUUUUUCAAAGCGCCUGUCUAAUUAAACUGCCAAGAUGGCACGGCGCAUUGUUCCCAGAUUUUCUUUUACUUUGUGGCUUACUUGCAGAGACUCUGUGGCAGCUUUCUUACAGAGGCUGUGCUAAGGAAGAUAAAUAGGCAGUUGCCUCAAAGAAUAACGUCUUACUAACCAAGCACGAGGGCCGUAUUGAGGAUUAUUAGCCCGAAAUCGAAGCUUUAAGGGGCAAGCUUUGCGAAAUUCGUGCAGACACGAUCAAGGGCCAAUAUUCCCUAGUACAGCUCGCGCAAGCGAUGUUAGUAAGUAUUUUAUUACAUGGCGCUGGGGCAACCUUUAUUGUAAAUUUGCCGGCUUUCCUGAACAGAAACACAUGGCUUAUGACCACUUCCGUGUGGGAACGGUACGUAUAGCAAAGUCCCGGCCAAGUAAGAACUAAUUAGAACGCUCGGAUUUACCUCAGGACUCGCCUGCCAUACAGCAAGUUGUUUUAAUUUUCAAGCUCGAGGUAUUAUGAUUUAAAGUUAAUUUUGUCUGUGCGCUUUUUUUGUUUGAAAAUAUAUAUCCUUGCAACUUUGUACCUCGUGCUUGCGUUUUUCUGUCAGAAAUUAAUUUUAAAGAAAGAGUCACUCAUAAUGGCAAGUUUGCCCUUUUUUUAUGUGGUUGUGGAUGUUAACUCAAUCGAAUUAGUUUAGCUUAGCUUACUAAUUUUUCAAAUUUUGACGUGCAAAAAAUGUUAAAUCGGUGUCAGUGGCGUUAUACACUGAUUAAUUCGCAGCUUUAACAUCCCGGGCAACCCACAGGCUUUUGGCUGUUGUCCGUUGAACCUGGGUAGAGUAGGAAAUUUGAACCGGAAGUGUCAAGUCUUUCCAGUGGAAUACUGGUAGUUUAUCUUUUAACAUAGAGGUACUUAAAGCAAAUGGCUCAGAAGAUAGCGUCUACAAGGUCUACGUUUUGAAGCUUUGAUAGUUAAAUCAAUAGUUGGUCAACAAUUAGAAAGUCAUGGUCACUGAUCUUGCCUUUUACAAAAGGUGUGGCAAUCAAAUGAUAUUCUCCAAGGGAAGAUGACUCUACCGGCUGAGAGUUAAAAUUUUGGCCAUGGUUAACCUCAUUCAGAUCCACUGAAAUCUGACACUUUGGCAGGGAAUUUGAUCAUAAUUUUGGCGCAGAGCGACAGGAACCAAUCUUCAAAGGUUAAAAUACUUGGGGCUGGGGGUGGGCGGAUGCUGAAACUUUGAAUUGAUCAACACUAUUGAUUUCCUAACUGAACACGGUGCUAACUGCUAAACUUUGCCGGGAAUUUUGGAUUUAAAAUGGUGCCUAAUUGGAUUUUGUUGUGACGCAAAUGACGAUGUUGCGAUUUUCACAAAGUUCAGCCUGGCUUUUAGGUGCGGCAAUGAAAAACCCUAAACUAAUUUUUAUAUCCUCGAAAACAGAACUAUUUCCUCUCAUCAUAUGCUGAGCCUGAUCCGAUUCUGAGUUAUACCUCACAAGGAAAAUGUUAAUUGAAAAUUUUCUACGAAAUGCGAUUUUUUUUUUUGUAUUUUUAAAUAUUCGUGAUUUCAGAAGCGUUCCGAGAGCUCCCGUUGUUGACUUAAACCACUUCUAAUCCCUCCGAUUCAUGUUUAUCAACUUGAUACGGCUUGCUUUACUUUGUGCUUUUCACGAGCAAAGUUCAUUUGCGACUACUCGGGGCACUGAUUUCUUUGUGGUUACUAACACUCGUUUUAGUUUUCUGGAGUAUAAAGAAGCAAGUCUGAGAAAAAAAAAACCUUCCCAUGUUUGUAUGUUCACUUUAUGGCAUCUCUAACUGAAAUAUGAGGCUAGUCAUUUUUCAGUCCAUGUGCCACCUCUCACAGUCUUGAAAAAAAGGCGCCCAUAACAAUUCCCAGCUGUCUAGCUUCGUGCUCUUUUGUGUUACAACAGUAACUGUGAUUUCUUGCUAACAGUACUUUGAUGAUUCUAAAAUUACAUUAAAAAGUAGUCGAAAGGGAUGAAAAGACGAUCUAUCCAGCCUCAGUUAACACUGGCCUCUUCACUUAAGUAUCUUGACUUGGAAAAAAUUGGUGGUUUAUGUUUUUUUCAAUGAUCCUUAUGCUGGUAAUUUGAAAAAGAAAGCAUUAAAAUAGUUAACGAAAAUUUGUGGCUGCAUCUCAGUUAUGAGAUAUAUAACUCACUUCAAUCUUCUUGUAAAAAGUAGGGUCUCAGGGUUAGGGUUUGGGGUUUUGAUGAUUGCACUUUUUUGCAAGGUUUUGGGAAGUCAAUGAGGUUAUUUUAUGCCAUUUUGUCUGGUAAGAUGUCCACAUAAAAGGGCCUAAAUUGCCUCUUUCAACAGUGACUCCUUUGAAUUUGAUUUAAGCAUGAAAAAAACACGUGUAGAUUCAGGGCUCUUGAUUGGGAUGGUUAUUUUGAUGUUGUUGUGAUUGUUUUACACUUGGGUUGUUCCCCCAUUUAGUAAUUAUACAGUACAUGCAGCUGGUUUAACUUCAAGGGUGAAUUGUAUUUUUUAAAGGUUUGUCUCCACGUAGUGGGAAAAGGGCUGUCACUUAGGGACACGGGCUGAACAUUUCCCUGGCUAUUACGUCUGGGAGUCCAGGCUAUUUUGCUUUGGGUUAGUUACAGGACUAUAACUUAAGAAAGUAAAAAAACAUCAAAUAUCUAAACUGUAAACAAAAAUUUAUAUUUUACUAACAAAAAAUCCUUAAUCACCUUUCUAAGAAUGAUUUAGCAAUUCCUGAGGCUUUGACUGGAAAUGCACUUUAUUAGGGUAUCUGAUUCAAAGAAUUCCAAAACAUUUUUCAGCAGAAAUCAAUUGUAUUUUGUUUGUCUGCCUUCAGUGUUCUGUUAUAAUGAAAUAAUGACAUUGUCAAAAACUUCUCAAUGUCAAUGCUGUACAAGAAUAGGAAUAGUAGUUGCUUAAGACUAAACCCCUAGCCCUGCCUCUUCCCUUCCCUGUCCCAAAUUGUUUGGAACUAGAAACAUUUUGUAUCCAGCUUACUAUUUUCAUUUCCCUGCCAACUUGAAAAAUUAGUGACAGCUCUAGAGGGGCAAUACUGCUUUGGCCACCUGCCUUUCACUGCUUUAUCAAUUUUACAAUAUGUCAUACUCAUCCAGAAGAGGUGGAUAACGCUUCUUUCUUUCAAGAUCAAAGUGAUCCUGAACUCAACAUUCAGCAAGUUGCAAAAGCAUUGUUUUGAUGUUUUGUUGACUCAAGAUGUAAGAAAGUCGUCCUUGUUUUCUUUUGUUCCUUCAGGGUGUCUUUUGCACUACUUGCGGCACAAGUAUAGUAGCCUUCAGCCUCCUCAAAUGACAGAAAUGGUACGUCAAGUGGCAUCAGCCAUGAUGUAUCUGGAAAGUAGAAACUUCAUUCACAGAGAUUUAGUAAGUACCUUCUCUGUUAACAUUGUGGAAAGGUUUUUUCAUUAAAUAUUAGACAGUUUCAAUUGGCGUUGCAGGACUUUGAUUAAUUUGAUUUAAGGACUCAUUUUCAUUUGAAUGGCCAAAUUACUUUUCAAGAAUUGUAUCACAGGAGCCCUGUACUUUUCUUUUUAUUGUUUUUCUCUUUCGAUUUUUAAAAUCAUAUCAUGUAACAAAAGCUCUUAUAGUUGAUGUCGGCUGUGAAGAAAAUGUAGAAUAUGGGCUUGUGUCUGCUUAUUACCGCUUAUGUACACUUACUAUUACAUCUACUUAAUACAGGUUUCAAUCCGGUUAAAAAUAUAUACAUAUUUGAAUUUAUUAUAUGAAUACUGAGAAGUAUUGUUGUUUAUUAGGCAGCAAGGAACUGUCUUAUAGGAGAUAACGACAUCGUGAAAGUUGCUGAUUUUGGUUUAGCAAGGUAACUGGCCUUGCCUUUGGUGUUGAAAUUCUCAGGGGCCCAUAAAGUAAACUUUGUUAGAAGUCUUUAUCAUAUCUCACCCGUACGGCCCUGCACGCGUUAGUCCAUAGAAAAUCAUAGUGAAAGCUGUUGUGUGUAGGGCCGGACGGGUUGACGUGGUCCGGUCAGGAAAAAGCCGUCCGGCCCUGCACACAACGAUCUUUCCGCAAAAAACUUAAAUGAACCAAAAAAGGAAACAAUAAAAAAUCUCGUUUAUCGAUGAAUUAUGUGCUUUUAUUAUUCUGACUCGGAAAGUCAAAGGAAAAAGGUUUUUUUUGUUAAUUGUAGAAUCUUUUUCGUAGUAGUCCCGCAAACGCCCGCCUGUCGCCUACUAUCUAGGUCGAAACCAAAUUUUCGAAAUUUUCAACAUGUAGUUGUCAUGUAAUAAAAGUAGCCAACUUAAGGUAAUCUUGACUUUAAAAGGAACAUGUUUUUAUUAUGUUUUAAGGAUACGUCAUCGAAUGCAAACACUUAUGUAAACAUCUUUUAGUUUUAUGCCUACCUCCAACCAAAGACGGUUAUGUUAACUAUUGCAGAAAUCUUUUGUUACCGGAAAAAUUGUAAUUUAGACCCUACAACGUUUACUCAAUUAUCAGUAAUGAACCUCUUGAACCUCAUACCAUGUGGGACAGAAAAAUUAUCCAGUGGUUAAUUGAAAGUAAUCAUAAUAAAAUUAACUAUGCUAGGUUUAUGAGAUGGUCAUCACCCAGGAUAUGUUCUCUAGCCGCCCCAUGUUAUCCUCUGAAGCUUGAUUACUUAGUUGAGUGUAACACCUAAAUUUACCCGAGAGUAUUCAAAUACGUCAGUCCUUGGUUUUAUUCGUCCAUGAGCAUUGAUUUUUUUUUAUUUAGCGAUGUUACGUUGGUAAUUCACAGAUACGUUAUUGAUGAUGAAUACACAGCAUCAGAGGGGACAAAAUUUCCAAUAAAGUGGGCAUCACCAGAGGUCAUUCUUUACACCAAGUUCAGUAGUAAAUCAGACAUAUGGGCUUUUGGUAAGUGUAUAUCUCCGGAACUGGUGCUCCAUCUGUUUACUCAUUAUUUCUUCAUUCAUUGAUAUCUAUUCAUUCAUUCGUGAAAAGCUUAGAGUGUGCACUGCUGAAACUACACUGAGAAGCUUCAAAAUAAAAUAGCUGGUAAUUCCACUUAAGUUUGAAAGUUUCCUGUUUGCAAAAAUUUUGAAAGCAGGUUUUUGCCUUCGCAAAUAACGGACGGGUGGGGAAAACUUUGAUAAACUUUUUCUGGGAAAGGCUUUCCGGGGGGCACUCGCUGGCUGCGGGAAGGUCGGGAUCUAUUACGGCUGUCGACUAUCCUUAAGACAAUGACUAACAGCAACAAAGUUGGCUCCAACGUAGAUUUAUUCUGUAAGCACCACUAAGCAGACUGGUUUCCUUUUUCACUAUUUUCCGACCCUCGGUACUCCCAAAGAAAGCUCUAUUUAAGCAUUUGGUAUAAAAGAUUAGGUAAUGCUAUGUAUUAUUUAAAGGAUCACGUAAUCUAAUACAACGACUGGUUAAGUAGGAAUUUCCCCUUUUACAAGAUUAAUUACUUUCAAAAAGCUAGGGUGGACAACAACUACACAAAGGUUCAUGACAGGUGACGGUUACAGUUUAACAGUAAUUACAGAUAUGAUCCAAUAACAACUGUUUACGACUGACUGUAUUGAGACCGGUAUCAUUUACGCAUGCUGAACUUGGCAAAAUCUCGCAGUUUCUACGUUGAAUUUUAUAUAUUUUUAGCGCUAGCAUACAAACUUGAUAACUAAAAAUCCUCUCGUUAAAAAAAACACGACCAGAUGAUCUAAAUUUGUAAAUGGCAAACAAAAAUGUAUCUUUAUUUCUGUUCCCGAGAACGAAAUGUUUUUGCGACGGAACAUAUUGCGUUGUAUUGGAAUCAACUACAUUAGGUUGGUUGGAUUUUUCUCACGCUCUAUUACGGGGAAAAAAACUGUUCUCUGCGUAUUGGGUGAUCAACGUUUUCAACCAACAUCAAACCAGGUUGAAACGGAUGGAAAAUCGUUGGUGGUAACUGCUGUCGUUUGUUGCGAUCUUUGUUUACUAGCCUCGAUGUUUUCAGUAAACAAAAACAAAAUGGAAAGUUGCUCGUGCUCUUUCAAUGCGCUCAAUAUAGAAGUAAUGGAAAAAUUUGUAAGCAUGCAAAUCGGAGAAAAGCAGCAGAAAUCGCGCAACACUUCGAAAAUUGGCUGCCCUCUGUGUACCCUGAAAGUGAACACCGAUAAGUCUAGUUAUGACCAUUCCCAAGAGUUACCGCGUUCGACCGAAAAAUAUUCAAACAGUAAAAAACGAUCACUGAAGCAAAGUAAAAGCUGCCAACUCCGAAGCAAAUGUCCCACAAAUACACGACAAACAUGAUCUCUGUAAAACGGCUCAGAGAAGCUCGAGCUGUUUCCUAAUGACUGUCAGGGAAUUACAAAAAACUAUUAGGGGUCAGCAAUACCAACCAAUCCCAUCCCAUUCAGGGGAGCGGAAGGAAUAGGAAUACUCCAUGGCGCAUGAUGUCAUGAAACAGAGAUAAGCUUUUUUAGGGUGGGCAAUUCGGCGCGAGUGUAGACUCUACCUUUAACCUGAUUCUGAAUGACCCUGGGAUGCGAUUUUUAGUUAAUCUUUUGUUACGACUUCUAUGUUAGCGUCUCAUAAAGAAUUCAACUACCCCACCUCAAGAAAUGGAGAAAACUAUCCUGGUGGAAGUUAAUUUAUUAACUUUUGUAAAAGUUAACUUACUUUAAUUUUUACAUAUGCUUCAAAUAUCCCUUCUUUGUUAAUGAGAAGAAGUCAUCUAGCAUUAUUGAGUUAUAAUUUCUCCUCUGUAAGGUGUAUGUCAAUGUGAAGCAGUUGUUGGGAUGGGGACAAUUCUUACCUGCUUUGUGGUGUCAUUACAAAUUGUGUGACUAGUUAGUUAUUUAAAACAAUGCCACCCUUGUUACAAGAUGCGUAGAUAUUAUUUCGAAAAUUAAUGAGUUCCUACAAAAUAUUGUAAAGUUUGUCCCUAAAUGUGCUUGAAUAAUUUAUUGCAAGGCAUCCUAACAUGGGAAAUAUAUACCGCGGGAAAACAGCCCUACCCUUCCGUCAGUAACACAGAUGUAGUUCAAAAGGUUUGUACCUGAUUUUCUAUGUUAUUUCAUAAUCAGCCUAAGCUGAAGGGAACUCCAUCUGUUCAAACAUAUUUGUGUAUUUAAUGAUCAAGUGGGAGGACCGGACGGGAAAACAUUAGAGAUCAUGAUGAAUGCAUUGUGUACAGGUCCUUACGUCAUGACAAAGCGGAACUUCUUACUUUUAGCUCGCAUUUCUCGGCUUUUUACGGUUCUGCUUGCGUUAUCGUGUACAGCCCUAUAAAGUAUUGGGAUUUUUCGAUAGAAGCUUGAAAGGGGAGGGAGGGAUGGGGGGGACCGCACAAGCGCACAAGUUAUUUGAUAAAGUUGAUGACCAAAUUUUUUUAAGGUGCUUUUGGUGUAUGACAAUGGUGACUCCGCUUGUGAACAAAGCGUGGAAAUGUCCCUCCUGUUAGCAUGUCAGUAUUUUGUGUUGAGUCAGACCCAAAUUUACAAGAGAAACAAUCUUUCAGGAACCGCCAAAUCCAUACCCUAAUCCAUACAAAGAGGACGUCCGUUGCAUUUUUUUCUUCAAGUGCUUAAAAAGUGUCCAGAUGGUAAUCUUUCAUUAAAUGUGUUUCGUUAUAUUACUCCCCAUUUGGUAAAAUGUGUCGUGAAUUAGAGAACUUCACCUUCCGAUUUGAGGUACUUGAAUUUGUGGUUGAAUUUCUUUCUAGGUCAUUAAUGGUUAUCGUCUGCAGAAACCCCAUAGGUGUCCCGAUGAGAUGUACAAAAUAGUAGAACGAUGCUGGAACGCGGUACAGUCUUCUCGUUAUUCUUUUUAACCUCUACACCCCACUUUUCAUCACUUCAAGAACUGAUAUACCAUCAACGGGAUGUUUUAUUACAUAGUAGUACUUAACAGCAAAGUUUUCUGUAUCAACUGUUAUUACUCCACUGUCACUCCAUUUUAUCAUAUUAGGGCACUGAAACGCGCAAAAUAUAUACGCCUUGUUUGAUGGUUUAACAUUUAAUUCGUCCGGACAUUUUGCAUGUUGCGUGGUGUCUUUCCAAGCCACGUAAGCGCCAGGAAAAAUCGUAGAAAUGAGUAAAAUGUCCGCUCGUAUCAGAUGUUAAAUUAUCUAAUAAAGGAUUUGAUACUCCACUAUUAUUUAAUUUUCUUUUAUUAUAACUUUUUGUUUGCGAAAUACUUCCUACGGUCUCAUCUUUCCGAUCGCACAAAGCAUGCGCGAAAGACGAAAACAAAACAAACGAAACCGUAAGAGUUGUAUUUGUUACCGACUUCAAAAUCUGAUAACCCUACCUUACGAUUCCAAGCCUAAAAGACGAAAGGAAAAUCACCAAGUUUGGAUCGUUUAGUGCGGAUUAUUUUGUUGCUCAGCUUUCCAUCCGUAUUUUCGCCCUGUUCUACAGUGUAAUACUUUGGCAUAUUCGCGCGUUCUUUUGCCCUAAUAUGGUAAACUGGCGUAGUAAUGGAAUUAUAAUAAUGCUGUAACUUACUUGAAAUGUUACUUUAUAUCAUAGGAACCAGAGCAGAGACCUUCCUUUGGAGCAGUAUACAAAAACAUUGUAGACUUUGUGGGGGAAGAUUACGAUGAAACUGUUGACUGAGGUAGAACCUUGGCGAUUUAAGAAAUUAAUGGCACUAAUGCUAAGUGGAAAUUAUCAAAUUUAAAGGGAGAACAGAGUAGUAGUACGACUCUGUCAAGUGUUCUUGAUAAGUGACCUGAGGUGAAAUCUGAAAGUCAGGUUUUGUAUUGAACUAGUAGGUAUCUAUGUAUCAAAUCCCAACAAACUUUCCUUUCGAAUAUAUGAUGUUUACUCAGUUUUUUCACUUUGAUCGAAGUUAUGUUUUACCCCUCAGUUAUACUGUUUUGUUGCGAUUAAAAUAAAUUGAAAUUCAUACAUAUAUAUAUAUUUACAUAUAUAUGAUAUGAUACAUAUGUAGUUUUUAAAAAUGGAGAAUUUAAACUCGAGUUUCACUCAUUAAGUUAUCGUCAGAUUGAAGUUUUCUUAGCGAGCAGAAUUGUACGUGAAAGUUUCAAAUUUCAAAUUCAGUUGCGGUUUGAAAAUAAGCAGUUACAAUAACGCUGAUGAGAGAAACAACAUUAAUUAGUUUGCAGUUCCUAACUUUCCCAGUGUUUCUGUCACGAGUUCCUCAUAAUGUGAACAAAUUCUUUAUAGAAAACGUUUCCAACUGAGAUGGGAUGAUAAUUUUAAAAAAGGAGAAUAAUGCGCAGAAGGUUUUUUAUCUUUUUUUUGUAAUGUCAAAUGAUUUUUAUACAGAAUAAUUUUAGACGAGUCACUAGACGGUAGGAUUUUGAGGAAUCAUUCCCUCUGGGAAUUUUUGUAUUUUGGAGAAGGAAACUUCCGAUGAAAUUCUUGAAAUUAAACAAUUAGUAUGUGUUCCGCAUAACCUCUAUCAAUUCAAUAGUUGUGAAGAGACCUACGCCAGUUACUGACGAAGAGAACGUGGCUGAGUUGGGUAACCAAACAUAAUUAUUGUUUAAUAAUUUAGACCGAUUUUGAAAUAAAAAAGAAUUUUUUAAUGCUUU